GGAGGGAGGGAGGGAGGGAGGAGAGAAAGAAAGAAAAAAAAUGUCGCUGUCAAAAGGAGGUAAGAAAAAGAACCCGGGGCUGAAGCUGUCAAAGGAGGUCUUCGAGCCCCAGGCCAGCCCAACGGCGCCAAGAGACUUGGAUUCCAAGGCUUGCAUCUCAGUGGGCGAAAAGAAUUUUGAAGUGAAGGCUGAUGACCUGGAGCUGCUGUCGGAGUUGGGCCGCGGGGCCUACGGGGUGGUGGAGAAGAUGCGUCACACGCCCAGCGGCACCAUCAUGGCGGUCAAGAGAAUCCGGGCCACAGUGAACAGCCAAGAGCAGAAGCGGCUGCUGAUGGACCUGGACAUCUCCAUGAGGACGGUCGAUUGUCACUUCACAGUCACUUUCUACGGGGCUCUGUUCCGCGAGGGCGAUGUGUGGAUCUGCAUGGAGCUGAUGGAUACCUCGCUGGACAAGUUCUACAAGCAGGUGAUCGACAAAGGGAUGAACAUCCCCGAAGACAUCCUGGGCAAAAUCGCUGUCUCCAUAGUCAAGGCCUUGGAACAUCUGCACAGUAAACUGUCUGUGAUCCACAGAGACGUGAAACUCAACGUGUUGAUAAACACGCAAGGUCAGGUUAAGAUGUGUGACUUCGGGAUCAGCGGCUACCUGGUGGAUUCCGUGGCCAAGACGAUGGACGCUGGGUGCAAACCCUACAUGGCUCCCGAGAGGAUUAACCCCGAGGUGAACCAGAAGGGUUACAGCGUCAAGUCGGACAUCUGGAGUCUCGGGAUCACCAUGAACGAGCUGGCCAUCUUGCGGUUCCCGUACGACUCGUGGGGGACGCCUUUCCAGCAGCUCAAGCAGGUGGUGGAGGAGCCCUCCCCCCAGCUUCCCGGAGACUUCUCCAAAGAGUUCGUGGACUUCAGCGCUCAGUGCCUGAAGAAGAAUUCCAAAGAUAGACCAACGUACUCAGAACUUAUGCAACAUCCCUUCUUCACGCUACACGAGUGCAAAGAAACUGACGUGGCGUCUUUCGUGAAGCUUAUCCUGGACUGACGGGUUUCCCCCCCGGGUCCAGCCCCGGGCAAAUCCCGCAACGUCCUGCUUUGGAAUGAAAUCGGCGGGGAAUUCUCUGCACUCGAUCGACCCGGAGCCAGGCGAGGGCUCAGCCAGCUGAACCCGUCACACUGGCAGGAAACGGACGGUGAAGUGGGGUGGGUGGGGGGGUGUUGGGGUAGAGGGAGGGAGGGAGAUUCAUUAGGUUUUUUUUUUGUGUCGUUGAAAGCAAACCCCAGACUCUCGUUUCUCUCCCUACCUCCAGGAGACACGCUCUCCCCGAUGUUUCUCUCGGACUCUCCUGACCGGGCUCGUUUUAUUAAAAAGAACACGCGCGCACACACACACACACACGCGCACACAUACACGCACACGCACACAUACACGCGAAGAGGCAGGACUAAUUAUCGGUUUUAAUUUAUCUCUUUAACGAUUUUCUUUCUGGUCGCCACGUGCUCAUUUUUUAAAAAAAAAAAUCUUCUGGGAAAGGGCUGUGGCUACACUACAGGGAACGGGGCUGAGGAUUUUGUCACUUUAAAGGAUCGUUUUUAUUCAGUGUCUGCGCGCGUGAGUCCGUGUUCAUCUCUGCACAUGGCUCGGUGCGCGUGUCUGCGUGUGUGUGUGUGCGUGUAUCAGGUACACACUAAAUGUCCUUUGAGCACCACAGUAAUCCCCAGUGUGGUGAAGGGAAAAGAUUACUUACCCCCCCCCCCCCCCCCCCACCUCUCUCUCUACGCGCUGACACUCAGCUCCACUUUUACGGCCAGCCUCCAUGCUCUUCUCCCCGACACCCCCACCCCGGCCCUUUGGGGGUUUAGAUGUGUCACCUCUUUCCAUCUUCCCACGUUUGAGUGCUCGGCAGUGAUGCGGAGGUCAGCAACUUACCGGUUGAGCCCCGAGGGGAGAGCGGAUCGCUGCCCAAAGCGACUGUUUGAAUCGGAUCGUGUAGCGUUUGUCAAGCGGAAGCUGGACCUUCGCGUGAAGGGAGAGGCGGAGGACGGGAGGAAGGGAGGGAGUAAGGUGCGGGUGAAGACACACGAGGACAAAUAACACCAGCGCAGACCGGUCGGGUUGAGUGGCCUGUUUUCCGCGCUGUAAAACCUUUGUAAAUUCUCGUGCGUACCUGUGACCCGUGCGCAUGCUUUGUGUGCGUCCGGGCAUCCGUGCGUGAGAUUGGCAUUUGCCCACAGCCUGACCCUCCCUCCACUCUCUGCUCUUCUCCGACCCACCUCCCACCC